GUCUCGUUUAUAGUAUUAAACUAGCAUUCUUACUUAAAGGUGUAUUGCUUCAAACAGCACCGCAUGCCAAUCCAUCUGAAUUGCCAUAACGACCAGAUAUCUACUACUGGAAGUAUCUUUUUUUACCAAGGAAUGUUGGACAAUAUAGUCAUUAUCCUUCAGUCAUGACGCUAAAAGCUGUAUAAAUGACCCUACGCACAUAUAAAUCCAGAUGUGUUGCCGAGACAGGACAACAAUCGCUGACGCUUCAGAGCAAAGAGUGCUAACGGAGAACUGAUUUGGUAUACUAGUACUAUCCAAUGUACGCCGGCAUUCUUCCCUAAUGGAUUGAGAUACCCCAGUACUAAGCAGGAGCGGUAUAUUGUAACUGCAAUCUGUCAGAAUUAAUACAUUAACAAUUGCUAAAAGAAAUACAAACUGGACCAUAUCCGAGGCAGACAAACCGUUUUUAACUCUAAGACAGCAUGCGGGAUAACAUUUGUCUGCUUCUUUUCCUGUUGGUUGCGGGAUUUACUUACUUACAAGCUGCUGUACCACAACAGAAACGCCAAGGGAUGUUUGGUUUAUGUCAAGGAUGGGGAGCUGGAUGUUCCUUUACCUAUCGAUUACAGAACAGGGUUUCUUCAAAAUCUCCUAGUUCGAAUUCGGCACCUAGGCCACGAAACGUGAGGUACAGCGUCCCUUCUUACCUAUUUACAUCAGGGAACUCCUGGAAUCCAAUAGGAAAGAGAUCUGCAUGGUUCACAGACAUAGCAUAUCUGCGGAAUCCUCUGGUUUCCCUGCUAUCACUAAAAAAGCCUAAAGAUAAUCCCAAGUAUGUACGAAUCUAUCCGUUAGUCUACAGGUCAAAACAGGUUCGCUGACAAAACAGCAAGAAACACGUAAGCACUAGUGGUGGAAUUGUUCUAUCAUUUCACAGAAUAUGUGUUGGCAUGUGAUCGUGGUCAGCGUUAAAAAUACUCCUCGACUAUAUCAGUCAUAAAGAUACUAUGUCAUAUCACAGAAAAUGCUCACAAUGUAUAUAAACUGUUUCAAUGGAAAUUUUCGUGGACGUUCAUGUUUUUGAAUAUAUCCUAUACUGAAAAAGUACAGCUUAAAUAAUCUCUUCACAAGUAUACAAAUGUAUGCAUGAGAUUGAGAAAGUAACAUGUGCAAUGUCUUAAUCUUGAAUAAAAUGUUAGUUUGUAAGUA